UUAGAGUCGCGUCUCGUCUCGUUCUAUACUCCGGAUCCAACGUGAGGAACAAGGAUAACCGAUAACACGAUCGAAGGAUAACCGUUAAAUUCACUUUUUUUUCCGUGAUUUUUGCUGUGACUUGAGCAUGAAACUACCGUUAGCUUGCGCUGUGCUAAGCUGCUGCUUCUUUUUGUUGGCAGCCGCCUCAUCUUCUCCAGCUGCCGAUGCUUCUUCUUCAAAGCCCGCUUCAUCUUCGGCUGAGACCUCAUCCUCCGCUAAGCCAAAAAGAGAUGCUGGCCUAAGUUUCGGAGGAAUAUCCAGCUAUCACGGCCCUUCUCACAAAUAUCUGCCGCCCGCCUAUGAGAGUCACCUUAACCUCGGCAGUUUCCAUGGAAGCUCGGCUGGUUAUUCCGAUUACCCCAGUCACUUCAAGGGCGAGAGCAGUUACGGACACCACUUCGCACACGGACACUCCGGAAGCCACGGCUACGCCAGUUCCAGUGGCCAUGGAAGGCCCCAUCAUUACAGCGGUAGUGGAGUUCCUAAAAUCGAAACCUACAUCGUUCAAACAAGUGGCGGCUCGAGUUCCGGUCACAACUACCAUGGUCAGGGACAUGGACAUGGAAUCGGUCACGGGAUCAGUCAUGGAAUCAGUCACGGCCUGAGUCACGGGCAUGGAUCUGGAUUGGCCUUUAAGUACGCACCAUCUACCAGUGGAGCCUAUCUGAAUCUCGUUGGGAAUGAACACAAGACCAGCACAUAUGUGGUGGCCACUCCCGAGUACUCCGGACACAGCCACGGAGCGAGGGGCAGCACCCACGGAAUUGGCUACGGAUCGGCACCAGCCCACAGACCCAGCUACGGUGGCCACCUGCAAAGUCACGGCUAUGGCAACAACUUUGGCCAUGGCCCCAGCCAUCACAUCGCCCAUGAACCAGUCAGUCACGGACCUAUCCAAAGUUUGGAUCACGGUCUGGAGCAUGCCUUGGAGCACGGUCUGAGCCACGCCCUGGGAUUGGGUCACUCUUCGGGAGGACAGUUCCCACAGCACGCGCUGCCCCAGCCGGCGGAGGAGCAUUCUGGGUACUCCUACGAUGCUCCCGCCACGCCUUUUGGAAAGGGAGUGCCGUUGAGCAGUUACGGCGUACCACUCAUACCCGGCUACGAUCACCAGGAGUCACUGCCGGAGCCAGUGCAAGUGCAGGUGCUGGAGCAGGAGCACAAGGGCGAUCGGGAGCAGGAGAGGGAAACACCGGUUUAUGCUCUGGGCCACAAGGGCCUGGGUCACUUCAGCUACACGGCCAGCAAGCCACAGGCUCUCCACACCGACGUUCUCAGCUCUGCCCACCACUCCGUCCAGUCCGGAGCACCCAGCCACGACCUAGACGUCUCCAAGGCGCCUUUUAGGCCCAGUGCCUUUCUAGGGGCCAAGCACGAGUCCGGAUCGAAUUCCAUUUCCGGCUACGACUACGCCACGCCCAGCUCCACAUUCCUGCAGGCUCCUUCUUCGCCAGGCUAUGACUACCAGGCUCCGGCGCAACUAUACGGACCACCCGGCCACUCCGGGGACUCGGCCACGCCUAUUUUCGAACCGGAGGCGACCUACCUGCCUCCUGCCAGCAGCUACGGCCCAACGGCCGCGUCCUCCCAUGGUUACCACUAAAUUAUUAAACUAGUUUUAAGCUCUAGCGUCCAAUGUAUUUUUUUAUCCCUAUCUAUUUGGUACUGCAAGCCAAGAUGGAACAAUAAAAAUCAAGAAAUCAAGAGUCACAGUGUUGAAACAAUUUGAAAAGGAAGGAAGAAAGAGUAUUUGCAAGUGAGAUAGUUAUGUGGAAAGAAAGUUCUAAGCAGUACAAACUGAUGGGUUUUACAAUAAAAUGAAGCCACUUAAUAGGCCAAAUG